AUGCGCACGCUGCCUCCCCUCCCUGACGGUCUGCAGCUCCACACACUCUCGGAUGGCAGGCAGCUGGCGUACCAGAUCCUGGGCGCGGAGCCCGGCCCCUCCACCCUCACGGCCAUGUACCACCACGGCACGCCCUCCUGCUACAUGGAGGGCCUUGCGCUGGAGGAGGCAGCCCGUGCCGCCGGCAUCCGCCUGGUCGCCAUGGACCGGUGCGGCAUCGGGGCUUCCACCCGCCGCUCCCGCUCCAGCCUGGCCACCGUGGCGGGGGACACCCUGGCCCUCAUGGACGCCUUGGCCAUCCCCCGGGCCAUCCAGAUAGGCAACUCCGGGGGCGGCCCCUACGCCGCCGCCUGCGCCGCGCUGCACCCCGACCGCACCUCCGCGCUGGUCCUCAUGGCCGCGCUGGCCUCCACCUCCGGCCCCGACCGCGGCCUGCUGCGCUCGCUGGGCAUGAUGGACAAGACCACCUUCUGGAUGGCCAAGCUGCCCCUGGGCGGGCUCUGGGCCGUGAACUGGGGCCUCAAGUACAUGGCCACCAACCACGCGGAGACGCUGAUCAAGCACGCGCCCGAGGGGCUGGCCAAGGUGGAUGGGGAGCUGAUGCAGACCGACCCCCGCGUCAAGGAGAUGUUCGCGGGCGUGCUCACGCAUGCCUACCGGAACGGCGUGCGGGGCAUGGCACGGGACUACCGCGUGCUGGGGACCAAGUGGGGCGUGGACCUGAGCACGAUCAAGUGCAGGACCAUCAUUUGGCACGGCGCGGAGGACAUCAGCGUCCCCCCAGCGCACGGCGAGUGGUGGGCCAAGACCAUCCCGGCCGCGCAGCUGACGAUCGUCCCCGGCGAGGGACACAUCACGCUCAUGAUCAGGCAGGCGGGACCCAUCCUGGAGGCCGCGGCUGCUGCGGCCAGGGGAUGA